AUGCCAAAGCAUUUUCUUCCAAAGGAUUCAAACAAUCUUGUUAAUCACUGUUUAAAAGCUUAUGUUUAUGAAAAUGAUAGCUUGUCUCUUUUAGAGAAGGAGAAAGUAAUUUUCAACAAUAAGCAUAAUCCAAAAAAGGUCACAUUGAUUAGUGGAGGUGGUUCAGGUCAUGAACCAGGAUGGAUUGGUUUUGUUGGUUCAGGAAUGUUAACUGCAUCAGCUCAGGGUGAUAUUUUUGCAAGCCCAAACUAUAAAAACAUCAAAUCUGCUGAAAAGGCCACCCAUUCAGAGGCUGGCACUAUAUUUCUUAUUACAAACUAUACGGGGGAUAAUCUUUAUUUUGGUAUGGCGGCUCAAGAGCUUAUUUCAAAGUUUGGUGAAUCAAAAAUCAGAUUACUUCGCACUACUGAUGAUGUGGCUGUCAGCAGGACCACUGGAAAACUUGUCGGGCGUCGAACAUUGGCCGGUUGUAUCUUUAUUAUGAAGAUUUUGGGUGCCGCUAGUGAAAAAGGUCAUAAUAUCGACGAAAUUUACAAUUUAGGUAAGUCUGCUAACAAGUGUAUUGCUUCUGUUAAUGCUGGAUUAGACCAUACGCAUAUUCCUGGGCAUGCAAAUGAUGCGGACUAUGGUAAAUUAGAAGAAAAUCAAAUUGAAAUUGGCCUUGGUAUACACAAUGAACCUGGUGUUAUGAAAACAAAGAAUAUACCUUCCAAUGAAGAACUUAUGCCUGAUUUAUUAAAAUUAAUUCUUGAUAAAAAUGACAAAGAAAGAGGCUUUUUAGACUAUGAUGAUAAUGAUCUAUUCAUCUUACUAUUCAAUAAUCUCGGUGGUUUACCUGUUAUAGAAGAAAAGGCUUUGCUAUAUUGUGCUAUAAAAAACCUUGCUGAUUUGUAUAACAUAAAGCCUGCUAGAGUAUACUCUGGGUCUUAUAUUACAUCUAUCAAUGCUCCAAUUUUUACAAUCUCCUUGUUCAAUGUUACAAAAGCUGCUAAUCAAGAUUUCACUGAACAAGAUAUUUUUGAUCUCUUCGAUGCUCCAACAGAUGCAACCAACUUUCCAAAGAGCCACUAUACCUCGUCUCAAAUUUUAAAUCCUGAAAGUAGAAUAAUCAAAAAUUUCCAAGGUUAUGAAGAAAUUGAUGAAAGUAUAGAUCUUGAGCGCGAUAUUACAUAUGAUCCGUCUGUUCUUGAAAGAAUUGUUCGUAAAGCAGCUCAGAAUAUAAUUGAUAAAGAACCUGAAAUAACUGACUGGGAUACUAAGAUGGGUGAUGGAGAUUGUGGAACGACCUUAGAAACUGGUGCAAAAGCCAUUAUUAAAUUAUUAGAUGAUGGCAUUGCACAAAAUGGGUCGAUGAUGAUUGUUCUUCAUGCCAUUCUUAAGGUCCUAAAAGAUGAUAUGGGUGGGACGCUUGGUGCAAUUUUAUUCAUUUUCAUGAAAGCCUUCAUCAAUAAGCUCGAAAUCAACCUUAAUGAUAGUGUCGGUGAUAAUAAUGAUAUUAUUUCUGUCGCUUUGGAUCAUGGGAUUAAUACUUUAGCAGAGUUUACAAAAGCAAGAGAAGGUCAUAGAACUGUUAUGGAUGUCUUAAUUCCAUUUUGCAGGUCAUUUGCUGAAUCCAAGAAUAUUCAUACUGCCGUUGAAGUGGCAAGGAAUGCAGCAGAAGGAACUAGAAAGCUUCGACCAAAAUUAGGCCGUGCUACAUACGUAGGAGGUGUGUCAGAGAAAACAGAAUUCCCACCAGAUCCUGGUGCUUACGGAGUGUAUGAGAUAUUAGCAGCUUUAAGCGAAUAA